UGCAAAUGGCGGAUUCUGUUAUUGUUCCAUGGCGAACGUCAAGGGAAUAAAUUCAUGCCCGAAACGCUACCAUUUCGAGAUGAUGAAAUAAACAAUUCAGAAGCUUGCUUUCUUUGGAAGAAUUUCUUCAGUAUUCCCCCCCUUCCCAAAAAAUGCAUUUUAUAUUAUUUCAUUGUGAUUUGAUUAUGCCGCACUUAGUUGUAUGGAAAGAAAAAUGAGAUAUGGAAGGGGAGGACUUAGCAACUACAGUCCUCACAUGUGAGGGAGAUAUUAGAGACCCCACAUUCCCUUUCAAACUCCAGCUUCUUAUCAAUAAAUUACAAAACCUCAUUUCAGAUGAGGAAAAUCCUAUCAAAGUAACCAAAGUUGAGCCGUGGAAUAGUGUCCGAGUAACUUUUAACAUCCCUUUGGAAGCUGCCCAGCGUCUAAGACAGUUAGCUGAAAGAGGGGACAGAGUGUUAAGAGACCUUGGAAUUCUUUCAGUUCAAAUUGAAGGGGACCAAGUUAUCACUUUGACACUAGCCAGUCAGUAUAGUGAGCCUCAAGAAAUUGUUUUGAGGAAGACUACUGAUGAGCAAGGAGAUGUUGCAAGUGUAUCAUUCAAUUUACCAAAUGCAGAACCUGUGCCUGGACCUAGUACGGCUGAACCAGCUCAUAAAAAUAUUAGUCAGUUCCUUGGACAUAUUGUUGGAGGAGCCCCGUCUGCUGCUGCUGUUAUAAAUCCCAAUGUAAGGUUGGAGAAAACAUCUUCUCCAAAACCUGAAUCUUCAGUUAGUUUCCGUUCACCUAAUGUAAUAGCUCCUUCAAGUACCGAACCUAUCCCAUUCCCCCCUGCAUCUGUUGUGACCACCACUACUGCUACACUGCCUGGUUCUUCACGUGUUUCCCCUAAUGUUUCUGUUAAACCACCUUCGGGAUUUGGUCCAUUUCCUUUUGCUAGUAUGACACAUGCUAUGAAUACAAAAAACAGUUCUACAAGUCCUCAGUACCAACCUGUUCUUCAUGUGCAAGGGGGGAGCCCUCGUAUUUCUUUCACUUCUUCCACUUCACAAAUUACAAACACAAUCCUGAAUUCUUCAUGCAAUGCUUCCUCAGCAUUGUCUAUUCCAUCUAAAGUGUCUAGUUCAGCCAUUAAAGUUCCAAGGACUAUAACAAAUUCUGCUUUUAAUAGUGUUGUUUCUAGAACACCUCCCCCUAAUGCAAUAGCUACCACAUCAAAAGCAAAUGUUGCUCUGUCCAGUCCCUUACUUGUAAAUUUGCUUCAAAGUGAAACAUCUAAUUUGCAGCAAAAUAAUAAAUUAAUGCCUCCUCCAUCACCAGCCUCUAACCAAGCUGCAAAAAGUAAGAGGAAGCCUCGUAAGAAGAAAGAUAAGAUUUCAGAUGAUGAUGUAGCCUCUCCAAGUUUCUCUACAUCACCAUCUCCACCCUCUUAUCAGUCUCACCCAGGUGUUAGAUCACCGGGAGGAUUCGACCCCCUUAGUGUUCUGAAUCAACCUCUUAAUGUGCCUCUAAGUAACUCAACUCCUAAUUCUCAACUUACCAGCAUUCAUCCUUUGGCCCAAGGACAGCCUCCUGUUUCCACUAAUGUCAAACCACAUGCAUCUAAUAUUCAUCCUGGCACACAGGGAUUACUACCUGUAUCAUUGCAAUCACAAGUUCAAGGGCAGCCCAUGGUGUCAACAACUCGGCCUAUUGGUCAUCAAACACUCUCUGCAUUUCGUCAGACCCAAGGGCCUCGUACAGUGCCAAAUAUCCAUCCACAGGCACAAGGUCAGCCUCAGGUACACACGGGUAAUCUUCCUCUCCAUACUCAUAUUCCUAUUGAUGCACCUCAUUUGUCCAGAACUCAGGCUGGAGGCAUUCAGUCAUAUGGCAUGUCAGCUCCACGAACAAUACCUAUGAAUUCAACUAGACCAUUGUUUGCUGGAAGAGAUCCCUCUUUGGUGAAAGUAAUGGAGAAAUCAAAUAAAGAUAUUCCUGUUUCAAAAGCAGAGAAAUCUAGUACACCAUCUACUCCGAGCACAUCAACACCUGAUUCAAAUCCUUUCCCAUCCCCUCCAUCUUCAACAGAUGGAAAAACAAAGCAUUUAAUUAAUCCUUUUACUGGACAGUUAGAACCAAUGCCUAGUGAUGAAGAGGAGGAAGAGGAAUCUAUUAGUUCUCUUCCUCCCUUCCCCGAUUUUGAAGUUGAAUCUUCAGAAAAGAGCCAUUCUGAAAGAAGUCUAUCUGACGGGGGUAAAGAUAACAACCUUUCAUCAGAUACUGACUCGGGUAUCAGUAAAUCUAUUACUGAUGUUUCUCAAUCAUCUACUGAUUGCUUAACAACUGAAUCAGGGAAGGAUGCUAAAAAAGCAGAAACUUCAUCUAAAGCUGACUGCAUACCAACAGCUUCUGUGACUUCCUCUGUGCCUGGGGAAAAGAUAAAACUUAGGUUGAAAUUAGAUUCUAAAACUAUUAGGGAAUCGAAAGAAAGUGAAGUGAAGGAUAAGCGCCUGAAAGAAUCUAAUGUUCCAUUCAAUCAAAAGAUAGAUGUUGCAGUUGUAAGUAUUCCUGGUUUGAAAAAGAAUAUGACUACAACGUCUACUUCUUCUGUUCCCGAACCUCGAGUGCCUCCUUUACAUAUCUCUUUACGUGGUCCUAACUCUGCAGUUGUUGUAAGCCCCAGAAAAGAUGAUUCUAAGUCAAGGCAUACUAUUAGCAAAGAGGAUCAUUCUACCAUUGAAGCAUCCUCUAAAGCAAGUCAGAAGAAAAUUCGGUCACCAAGGGCUACUAGGACAGGAGAUAUUUCAACUAUAUCAUUGUCAGUAAGUGGGAGAGGUAUGGACUCGGUAGAUAAAAGAGUGCGGGGAAAUAAUAGCAAAGAUUUCAAAAAAAUCAAAGAUGAAUUAUGGAAUCAAAAUGUAAAAAAUAUGUCCAUGUCUGGUGGAGGUAUAGUGGAAAUGACUGAAAAAGUAUCAUCAAGUCGUAUUUCUUCGUAUGAAACAUACCUUUCUGGAACAUCGGUUAAUAAUCCCAUUGUCCAACGCAAGUCCUCCAAUAUUUUUGGUCUUACUCCACGAGAUUCUUGUAAAUCUGAAGUAAUGACUUUGACUUCUUGUUCAACUGGGGAGAGUGUUACUUUGCAUUCGUUUGCUGGUUCAAAAUCACCACUGCCUUUGCAGGUAGCUGCAGUUUCUGAAACUGAAGCAUUGCCUGUUAAUGCAUCACCGAUUGCUGAAAUGGAGGUGAGCUCAAAUACAAGUAUUACUUUGCCUGUUGAAAGGACAGAAGGUGCAGUAGUGGAUAAAAUAACUAAUCCAAGUGAGGAGAAAUCUUGUGAAAUUUCAGUUCCUUCUGGAACUACAGUAGAUGACACAUUUUCAAGUUCCAGAAAAUCACCUCUUAUGCAAAAUAAUUAUCUACCUCAUUCACCCAGUGCACCGGCUGAUAGUAAAAACAUUGUACAGAAAACCAACUCUCCUAGUGAUCAGACUCAAUCGCAAUCUGCCAGUAGUUUAAAAAAGAUAGAACCCACUGUGCCUCUGAGUUCUCACUCAGCCUCGUCACCUACUUGCAAUGCAAAUGAAACUGCCUCAAAUUUCAAUGUUCAAAAGCAAGUAAGUGACUCUAUGGAUGCAAAUAGACUUCCUAAACCUGAAGGGGUUGUGGCUAAUCCUUUAGGUAAUGUAUCUAGUUCUACAGAUAGCCAAAAACUUCAAAAUAAUCAUCAGUGCAAUACUCAUAACAAUAAUAAUAAUGUAACAGAAAAUUUACACAGUGUAAAUAGAGAUGAACAUGUACAAAAAGAUACAUCUGUUUGUGAAACUGCAUCUUCUUCUAAAGAGGAUACUACUGUAAACGAAGUACAAAAAAGUUUGGAUGUAAAUAAAAAUGCUACUGCCAAUAGGAAAGAAAGUUUGCAAAAUGAACCUUGUGAAAAUGUAAAAAUUCUAUCAUCACAUUCAUCAAUGCCUUUGCCAUCUCAUAAUGAUGGUGAUAAGUGCAAAAAUUCGUUGUUUUCUAAUCAUUCUGAAUCUUGUGAUUCAUCAGCUUCAUGUCUAACUCCAGUACCUAAGAAAGACAGUGAAGUUGUGGAUAUAUCUGAUAAAAAUAUGUGUAUAGUUGAAAUGAAAAAAUCACCAAUUGCGCAGAUAAUCAGUGCCGAUACUUUACCAAUCCAACCCCAUGUGAUUGAAGUGCCUUCUCAGCAAUCUUCACCGGCUGUGCCAAAUGUUUUGGCUAAAUCAGGAUGUGUUGCUGAAGUAAAUUCUGUUUCUUCUCUUGUAUCAUCUUCUGGUAACCAGUUUGUGCCGGUCCGAAGUGUAUUAAUGAUGCAUGAUACCAGUGGCAUCACCUUCUGUGAAGGCAAAUCCUCUCCAAGCACUAAUCUUGCAAACUCAACCAGUGCAACGACACAUUCUGAAAAUUUUCCAGCUCAUACUUUGCCUUGCAAUGUUGAUUCUAAAGAAAAGUUGGUGAAUCAUGUGGAUGCUGCAAUAAAAGAGAAACAAUCGAGUGCUAAAGCAAGUCCACCUUCUAGUUCCUCAGCCAAUGCAAGUGAAGAAUCCAGCAUGGAUUCGAUUGAUGAGGAGCGUAAAAGAUGCAUGCAACUGGCUGAAAUUCCAACUAGUACACCAGGUCCUCCACAUAAUGAUGUUUCAGUUUCAAAUAAUGCUUCAAAAUCUGAGGAAUCCAGAGAUAAAAGUUCUGUCUGCCCUUCAGAAACAAAGAAAAUCGUUGAAAUAUCCCAAGAAGAAAAAGCAUCUGUAUCGCAAAAAUGUGAGCCUAAGGCAGUGACUGCAGGAGGUGAAGGGAGCUCUAGUUCAAUUGGCCCUACAUUAUUAGUAUCUUGGAGCAGUCCUUUAAAUUCUUCAGCUAUCCCUGAUGUGCAGCAGCCUUUGUCAACUAAUUCAACAACAACUAAAGAAACAUUACCUGAAGAAAAAGUACCUUGCAAUUCAUCAACAGAAAGUUAUAUUCCAAAAAGUUCUGGACUUCCUAAAGAAAAUCAAUCAGAACCUAGCACUACUGUGUUAAGCUCAGAUUCUACAUCAUCUCUAUUAAUAAUGCAAGACCCAGUGUCAUUAGUAGGCAUAGAAAAUAAAUCCUUAUCGGCUAAAAUAGAUAUUAAAAAGGAACCAUGUUCUGAUUCUGUUCAUUUGGUAAGUGCUUCAGGCAAUCCAGUUGUGACAUCUUUAUUAUCACCUGUAAAGUAUUUACCUUCUGAAGUAAGCAGCCAAAAGUUUAAACUAAUAUUCAAAGGUGGAGGUCAGAGGGGAUCUUUGCAAAGUAGUAACUCUCCUACAAGUUUGGUUGUUCCCCUUAAUUCAUCUAAAACUGUUCCCAUAAAAUUAGUUACUUUACCCGGUGGGGCUUCUGCUCUAUCUGUCCGUUCCACAGCUAACCCGAACAUUGUAGAAAUUAUUGGCUCUAAAUCUGGCUCAUCUCAAAAUGCUCCUUCAUCUGGAAAUCCCCAUUCUUCUUCUCCAGUUCGUUUAGUUGUGUCAAAAGUAUCACCUGGUCUCUCUUGUUCUAAUCAAGGUGGUUCACAAAAUAUGCGAAAUCGAGUUGUUGUAAAAUCGGUUGUUGUGACUGGUACAUCUCCAUCUAUAAAGCUUGUUUCAAGUAACUCUUUAAGCACCACAACAGCUGUUUUAACUAAUUCAGGGGGCAUCACUACCUCAUCUGGUGUGCAAAUUGUUUCAACCCCUUCACCUUCUGUGACAAGUCAUAUUACCAAACUUGUAACAGAAGAAAUAAAACCUGUGACAGUUGUUGAAAACACCUCUAUGCAAAUAAGUACUGUUAGUUGUCUUUCAGAUUUAACAAAUGUGGAAAGUGCUGAUCUGCCAGACAAAAAUUCUGCUGACAACAUAAAAAAUACACUAAAAGCAUCAAGUUCAUCUGGUGUCAAAUGUUCUACAUCUGCUGAUAGUACAACAAAAGAUUCAUCUCCUUCAGAACACUUAAAUAAAAACUCUGCAGCAAAUGAAUCCAUUUCCAUUAAUCCCAUUUCUGCAGAUUCUUCUACCUUUAGUAGCAUUGUAUCUCCAGAUACUACAACUUCUGCAACUACUAACUCUUUAGAAAGCGAAAACAUAAUAUCUUCAAAUAAUAUAUUAAAUACUCAAGUUCCUUCUCAGCAAAGUUCUGAAUGUGUUUCAUCGGAGCAGACUCUCAAUUCUGGAAAUAGCAGUUGUGAUAAAGAUGCAAUUUCUAAAAAGUCUGUUGCAGAUACUACUUCUGAAAUAGUUACAAAUGAAGCAUCUUCAAUAUCAGAUGAAACAAAUGAUCAAAAAAUAAAUACCGAAUCAAUAUUACCUGCUAAUAAAGAAACAGAAAGGUCAGAAGAUUCUGCACAAAAUAACUCUACAAAUUCUGAAUCCACUGUGAUUAAAAAUUCUAAUAGUGAAUCUAAAAUACCAGAAAGCAAUACUAGGACUAAUACAUGUUCAGCUGAAUCAGAUGACUUAGUGAAAAGUGAACAAACUAAUGAUAGUGCCAUUACGACUAGUUUAAAUUACAUAUCGAAUAAACAGGAUUCCUCUGUUGCAGCUGAUAGCAGUUCAGUUUGUAAUCCUACCUUGUCAUCUGAUACAGAAACAAAAUCAAAUACUGAAGCAAUAAAUUCUGAAACUAGUGUUGAUAAUUCUGUUGAAAUCGGAUCUAUUAAUCCUUGUGAAAUUGGAAAUGAAGUAAUAAUUGCAAGUAAUGUUGAGGUAGGAGUUGCGGAAACAUCAGAAUGUGUGGAAAUUUCUCAGAACAGUGAAUUUGAAUGUGGUGAUAUGAGAUUAGAACAAUCUAUUGAACUUCCAAAGAAAGAAGUUUAUAAUGAUUCCCAAGUCAUAUUAUUACCAGAUGAUACUGACACUCACAAUGAAAAAUGUAGUGUUGAUUUGCAAAAAUUCCGUCCACUGGGUGAUGAAAGUAUUGGUGUUGUGGAUAGCACAGAGUCCGACAGUGCAGUUACUGUAGAGGAUUCUCAGCUUGAAAUAUCUCUAGUCUAUUCGAAGCCUCUUAAAAGGAAGUGCUCUGAAAAUGCUGCUGAACUUAUUAAGGCUUGUAUGGGUGUUGAAGAUGGCCCCAAAAGGGCUGCUGUCUUCAUGAAAGCGAAAGUAGCUGAAGAAAUUGUUGAAAAGAUAGAAAAUGAGAAGUUAGAAGAAAAUGUUCGAAUGAGUUUAAGGAUUCGCAAAGAAGAUUCCAAUAUUAAAAAACCUAAAGGGUCAACUGUGAACUCUGAUUGCUCGACUGAUGAAGAAUUAACACUAAGUGAACUGAUCAAGGCUCGUACAAGAGAUAAACCACCUAGAGGUAGAGUCAGCAACAGGGACAGUCCUGUAGAACCUAACAACUUAAAACCUGGUAGACGAAGAUCUGGUUCAAAUGAAUCACGGAACAGUGAAGAGAUCAAAACUCGACCUCCCCGUGAAAGUAAACGAGAGGUUAUUAAGAAAAAUGAGCCUUCUAAAAAAUUGCCUGAACGAACAAAAAGGGGGACUUUUAAAGCCCAAGAUCAAGUUAAUACAAAAGUCAGUGUGCAAAGAAGUGGUCGUAUUAGAGAUCAAGAGGCAAAAGCAAGCAUGCUUAAUAAUAAUAAAGAAGAAAGUAAUUCUAUAGGAGCCAAAAGAAAAACACGGGCUACUACUGAUACACAAGAAAUGUUGGUUCCAGUGAAAAGGCGACGGUACUCUAAGGAUGGUCACAGAUAACCCAGAGCUGUAUUGUAAAUAGUCAAAUUGUAAUCUACAUUUCUCCUCUUGUAUAUAGCAUCACUGUAAAUACCAAAGUUUGACAUUCACUUGUAUGUGCAUUCAUGUAUAGAGAAUAUAAAAAGAGUGGUGGAUUUAA